ACCCGGAGUUAUUUAGCACACUUAAAGUUACAUACACGCACAGUAUUGCCUAGAAACCCAAAGUAGCCUUAUACUAGCAAAUUUGGGUUGAGCAGCUUUUGCAAGUAAGCUUACCUCUGUGUGUGUGUGUGCAAUCUAUGUAAGGAAUGUAUGCAAUUGGGGCACUAGCUUGCUGCUCGAACUAUUAAAGUGAAUACACAAAAUGGAUAAAUACAUGAAGCACAAGUUACCUACAUGGUUACAACCCGUGUUUAAAUCUCAGAGAACCCAGACUGUUGAACAGGUACCAGCACCAAUGAAAGAGUUGUAUAUAAGAUCUGGAUUUCGAGUGAUGAACCAACCAUGGAGUUAUUAUUUACUUAGUUUAUUUAAUUGGCAUAAUGAAACUCUAAAUGUGUGGACACAUCUUGUGUCAUUCGUUGUGAUAUGGAACUACACAGACCAUCUUGGUGAGACUUUCGAUCUGAAAGGUUCGAGUGCUGGAGCUGUUAUUCUUGGAUAUUCCAUUGGAGCUUUAUUACUCACUCUUCUCAGUUCCGUCGCCCAUUUGUUCCACGCGAAAUCAUUAAAGCAUCAUUAUCUAUUCUUUGCUCUAGAUUAUAUAGGUGUGUCUUUAUACUGUUUUGGCUGUGGUAUAUUAACACAUUAUGUAUUCAGUCCCAGUGAAACAUUCCUUGUUUUGAGAAAUACCUACAUUCCAGUACAUUUCUUUCUGUGUUUUAAUAGUUUCUUAUCUUGUACUGUAGCUAAAUUAUAUUUUCACGGCAACAAGCGGAAGAUGAUAAUGGUAUCAGGAUGUUUUGCCCAUACCCUGUGGUUGUUAAUACCUAUAUUUGCCCGAUAUUAUUAUUGUAUAGUAGACACGUCAUGUUCCGUGUUAUCAUUAAACCACCUUGUUGCAAUGUACAUCUGCCUGAUGGCGACUAGUGUAGCGUAUGUCGCCCAUCAACCCGAAAAAUCAAACCCUGGAGCGUUCGAUAUUAUUGGACAUAGCCAUCAAAUAUUUCACAUUUUUGUGUUUUUUACAAUAUUGGCACAAUUUAACGCCAUGACCUACGAACUGGGUAUGACCAAGUCAGUUAAUGAAGACCUGACAGUCAACCACGUCUAUACUGUUCACAUAAUUUUAAUAGUUAUGGAAAUUACAGCAGUUAUAUUUUUAUUACCUCAGCUAAACAAGAAAGUUAAAGAUAUAGAAAGUUGUGCCAGUGUUAAACAGAACUAAAUAAUUGUGCGUGAUUUGGAUCGGCUAAAUAACUGAGGCACAAAAAAAAAAGAAAUUCUACAAACGCUAUAAUAAAAUUGUAAGAAAUGCAUAUAAUUACAGCUAUCUCUAUACGUAUACUGAAUAUGACUAGUUCCAUCAAAAACAACAUUAUCCAUCUAAACUAAAAUGACCUAAAUAACACGACAGAUGAUUAAUUUUCCCCAGGCUAGCUGUAAAUUAAAAAAGGGUGUAACUUGUAUAUUCAAACUUGAAAUUCGAUCUGUAUAUUAUUUAUUAUUUAAAGCGAGUGGUAGCACAGUUAUAAUUCAAUAACGUAUCUUGAAUGUUUUGUACUUUUUACAGUUAGAGAUAGGUGGACGCACUAGAGGCUUGUGGACGCUCUAGAGGCUAAAGUUAAUAUCUGAUUGACUUUAAAUUUAUACACAGUGUUUAAGGUCAUAAGACGAAGAAACUUUUUGGUUUUCAGCGAUUUCCGAUAAUUACUGCCGGAGUUAUGACCCUUGAUCACUUUGAAAAAUCUUGUGGGCGCUCUAGAGGCUACAGUUAAUAUUCGAUUGACUAUAAAUUUAUACACAGUGUUUAAAGUCAUGAGACGCAGAAGCCUAGUGAUUUUCAAUGAUUUCCGAUAAUUACUACCGAGUUAUGGCCUAUGAAUACUUUGAAAAAUCUUGUGGAUGCUUUAGAGACCAAAGUUAUCAUCUGAUUGACUUUUGAUUGAUACACAGAGUUUAAGGCCUUGAGAUAAACAAGUAUAUUGGUUUUCAAUGAAUUUUGAUAACUUGUACAGCUAAAUCCAUUUUAUUAAAUGUUUCGUAUACAAAACGUUAGCAUGGGGCAGAACUAAAAGCCAAACAAAUUCUAAUAAUUACUUAAUGAAUUGUUACUCUUAAUCAGAUUUUAGUGUAUUAUAGAUGUUUCAUUACCGACAAUAGAAAAAAUAUGCGACAACUCUUGUUGACUUCACGGACGACUUAGCUUAUGUGAGCGUAUGUUUCGUUGCCUGGCAACCUAUCUUUUUAUACUUUCAAUAGCCUACACUACAGAGGAUCUGAAAAGUUGUACUCGAAGGUUGUGUCAGGGGUCGUACGAGCGGCUUUUGACCCUAUGACGUCAGACAUUGAUUAAUCAAUCAGUUGACGUUUCUAGUGGUUUACCCACAGUUCCGUGCAUAGCACGCCAAGAAGUCGCCGUGACAGACCGUUUCAUUGGCUUAUCCCUCACUUCAACCAAAGUCCCGGUAAUAUAACAACUCUUGCAGAUCCUAGUGUAGUAAAGACAAGUAAAACGAAAUUUUAGACUAUAAAAAACGAAACGAAAUAUGGUCUGUGUUUUUAUCAGAUUGUAUUGUGCGUGGUUAUUUUAACCGAAAAUCUCUCAAAUUAGUCUCAAGUCCGUCUAGCCCGGCCAGCUAAUUUCUGAUUACUGUUCUUCGAAUUCCAACCGUCAUCUUUCCCUUCAGGUAAUUAUCGCCAAAUUAUAACUUUUCACCGAUAGUUAAAUUAGUGGAAAUAACCCGAACAAAUAAUCGAAUAUUUUACCUUAUUGUUCAUUUGUCGACCCAUUUUCUAUGAUGAGACGAGAAGAGGCAUAUAUAAUUAAAUAGGGGGCUAUGUAGAUGUUACAUAAGUAUAGGCAGUCUAUAUACCAGUAUGUAACUAUAACGAUAUUUAUUCAUCUAUUUUCCAUGACAAACAGCUGUGAUAUAAAUUAAACAUUAUGCAAAAUAAUAUACACGUAUUCGUGAAUGCUUAAUAUUAGAUUUAACAAUAUUUUAUAUAUAUAUAUAUAUAUUUUCUGGAACCUAUAUUGUUUAUUUUCUUUGACUAUUUUCUUAUAUUCUUUACAUUAUAAAAUAUAUUUUGUGUGUUGUAUACAGUUUAACGGGUAUGACUAAUAAGUUUAAUCAUAAAACAUAUAACCCUGAAUAAAAACCCUAUUACA